UGCCGCUUUGCACAACUAAACCUCAAAAGUAACAACAAUCCAACAAGAGUCGGAAGUGGGCAGAUUUAAGUGAACAUGACAUAUCCGUACAUAAGUAACUACCUAAAUAAUAUAGACGGGAGCGGUUGCUCAACAGUUCAAUAUCCCAUUGAUAUUAUCUAGGACUCCCUACCAGAUACAAUAGAUAGGUGCCCGUAACCCCAAGGUACACUCAACAGGGAAGUCUCGAAGGGGCUUGCUUGCUCAAGUUGUCUUGGUUUGGAGUUCCUCCCUCCCAGAUAUCUAUGCCGCUGGUUCUAGCAUAUGGGCAACCCUAUAAUACCCGUGGAUGGAAGAGCAACCGGACACGGAAAUCCUUGUGCAUAUUGGGGCACCGAGCCGAGCAAUUCAUGAUGCUUUAUACCGAUCGUUAGCGGCCGCUUACUUGGCCUUUGAACCUACAGAAACCACUCAUAUUUACUCAUGUAGAGGCCAAAAUGGUAGGAGCCAAAGUGGCACGUCAGGGUCAAGGGGCGCCAAUGAUGCCGAAUCCUCCAUUAUGCCACUAGAUGAGCGAAUCCAAUCCUUCCGCUCACCUCAAGUCUCAUUCAAGAGCGUGGUUGACAACGCCGACUCUCCACGAAUGCAUAUGCGCCCACGAGAAAUUUCUGACCGCCGCCUCAUCCAACAAACUCCAAUAUCAGCAACACAAACAUCAUGGCAAACUCCUCCCAGUAUCGUGCAAGAUUCCCAUCCUCUGAAUCACGCGGGCUUCAGCUCCCUUACAUCCCCAACCAGAGUCUUAGAGAGCUACCUUCAGUACUUUGAAUCACCCUCGACAUCUCCAAGACAAGCUUCGCAAAGCAGUAGAUUGAUAGAUUUGCAUGACUGUACACCCCGGUGUAGUUCUCGUCAUUUCUCUCAGAGAAAUCACGUGCCUCGUACACAACUGAUACCAUGUACCCCUCAACCCAAAAACACCGCAGAGCUACCAUUUGCUAGAAAUCAGGUGUCGGAGUCUCAAACCAGCAGGCACUCCAUACCACAGUCGGAAUCUCUGGUUGAUAAUGCUUUUAAUGAUACUAUCAUCGAGGAAUCAGCAUUUCUAUCAUCACCACGGCUGGCAACACUUAUCAGGGCAGACUCUGAACCAGUCGCCAAACUACGACGGCUUGGGCCCGUUGCCAAUCCGCAUGCUCUAGCACGAGCAUCGAGUGAUAUUGGUCCAGAGUCAUCCACCAAUCGCAAGCCCGGAGUGACGGUCAGUUUUUUGAGCAGCCACGGGUUCACAUAUGAGAGUUUAGAAAUCCGUUCCCCAGAGCCGCUUACAUCAGAGCUAUUUAUCGAAUCUCAAGAGCUGAUCACUCGAGGGUUAGAAAAGCUUGGCCACGAUGUGGACCUACCCUUGCGUUUUCGACCAUCAGAACAAAGAAGAGAGCUCAGACCCUCCGAGCGUGGUUAUUGGCUUGUAGACUGCUCAUCUUGGGAACCUCAGUUGAAACUUAAUGCGUGGGCUUUCCUCGCAAACUAUAUCGGAACUGGUAUGGCUGGAUGGGGGAUUUGGUGUAAGAGGGAUCAUGACUUUGAAGAGAUAAGAACGUACUGCUGGGGAUCAGUGGUAGCCCAUAUUUACUACGUUCUAUGGCUUUCAAGUCACCGCGAGAUCGUAUUUACAGGAUGUUGCUGGGUGGAUGCGGAUGGAGCUAGGGUCAUUACAAUGAGCCCCAGGAGCCACCCACAAAGCGAAAGGAAUGAUUGCAUAUAGUUUCACUGGCUGUCUCAAACAUAAAUUCUGUGAACUAGUAGAAAGAGGUAUGUAUUUGUUCAGAGAAGAUUGAACAGUAAUACCCCAAUAUUGAAUCCAUUGCACUAAAUGCAUAAUC